AUGGCCCCUCUCCAUCGCCUCAUAGAAAUUGAACUUAGGGAAAUGCAGCGCUACCUACCUGAACUUCAAGUCCGCCGCAACUACAUGCGCGAAGUUGAGGAGAAAAUCACUCUCAAUCAAGGCACCGUUAAGGCGUUCCCUCACAUACGGUUUCCCGAUCUCUCCAAAAGUCCUUUCCUCAAGGGUAUGCUGGAACAGGCUUCUGAGCAAAGAAGGCAGGCACUGUUGGAGGUCCGGAUUUCGGUGCGGUUGUUGCAGGAGUACCUAACAAAAUUAGAGGAAUGGGAGCAGUCCAAGUGGUACGAGGGACCGCCUACUCACCCCGCACUGACCGACGCGCGUCAAUCUCUUCUCAAAGAAUUGACCGAAGGAACGAUCGCCACUCUCCUCAAAGAAGCAGGAAAACACACAAAGCCGAUGGAAGACGAUUUCACCGCGGCAAUCAAGUUGGUUUCAGAAAGCCUUACUAGCCUGUUCUAG